CCCAUUUCAUGCCAUUCCCAUCGCCAUUGCAGCGCUCACCUUAAGCAGCUUAGCUAGCUAGCCAGCGGAUGCCAACCCUCACGUCGGACUCCACUGCGUCCCCGAGGUGGGGCGUCCCCUUCUUCGCCGCCUGCUCGGGCGCGCCGCGCACGCGCCGCCCGCCGCCGUCCUCCGGCGGCACCCAAGGGCACGGCUGCGGGUGGCCGCUGGACCGCGUGGCCGGGUGGGUCGGUGGCGGCAUCGCCGCGGUGUUCUUCGCGUCGCUGGAGCGGUGCUCGUGCGUCAACGUGCGCACGCACGACGACGACCUCCUCGACGACGAGCAGAGGGACUCGGAGGCGCCGCUCAUGUUCGACGACGGCAACUACGGUAACUACUCCAUGGCCGGGGCCGCCGGCGCGGAGAGGAGGAGAGGAGGCAGGAGGAGCGACAAGGGCGGCAAGAGGACUGGUGGCGGCAUGUGGUGCUAUGGGGAAUUUUAGCGUAUGGUAAUUAUUAUCUGUUGUUUAUUUUUGCUCAAGUUCUUACGUAGUUUCGACUGCCGAGUCGCGCGUUAAGCUACUGAAUCCUACUUCAAGUUAGGAUUUUUUUUUUGACCUUGUGAUGCUAUUUCUUACGUUUCCGUUUAAAUUAAGAGUAUGUAUAUCAGUAUGUGGAUGUUUGAUUGUAUCCAAGUUGAUCCAAAAUUAAUGCAUAUAAUUAUGUAAAGUUGGAAACUAAUUAAGUUC